AAGGAGCGAGGAAAAAGGAGGAGACGAGCGCCAUUUUCCCCCCAAAACCGGAGCGCCGUCGCCGUCGCCGUCGCCACAUUCAUCGAGCUUCGACGAGCCUCCGAGCAGCGGCGAGCAAAAACCCUAGGACGCAGCCAUGCCUUCGUUUCCCAGCCCGGGCUCUGUCACGGUCUGCGAGAUCAAUCGCGAGCUCAUCACCGCCGAUGUUCUGUCGGAGGCGCAAGCGAAGGAAACCUACGGAAAGCUGCUCAGAACGGUGUUCAAUCCGGUCUCCUUUCAGCCCGAUCAGCCGGGCCAACCGGGGCCGCCGGAGCUGGGCGCCGAGCACCAGGUGGAGGAGGAGGAGGAGGGCCUGGGGAAUGGCGUGGCCGUUCAGAGGAAGAACGUGGUGGAGAAGGUGCAGGGGAUCUUCGGCGAUUAUGUCAAGCGGGUCUUUCAUCCCUGCGACGUUAAUUUGCUACCUGAAGUUGAUCUAAAAGGAGUAAGCUGGCACCCACAUAAACAUAUCAUAGCACUUAUCUCUGCCUCGAAUCAGGUUCUAGUGCGUGAUUAUGAUGAUGCAGAGUGUAGGGAGCCUUGUAUCUUGACUCAUGAGUCCCAAAAGGACGUUAAAGCUCUUGAGUGGAGACCAAAUGGUGGAAGGAUGCUUUCCGUGUCUUGCAAGGGUGGAAUAUGCAUUUGGGCUGCUUCUUUCCCCGGCAAUGCAGCAUCUAUCAGAUCUGGUGCUCCCUCUUUUGUUGGGACCCUGCCAAGAGGCACUGGUGUCCGAUGGACUUUGGUUGAUUUUCUUCGCAGUGAUGCUGAUGAGCAAAUAACUGCACUCUCUUGGAGUCCUGAUGGAAGGUACUUGGCAUCAGCCUCCUGUGAAAGCUCGUCAUUCACUGUAUGGGACGUGGCGCAAGGUGUUGGGACACCUAUUCGACGUGGAUUAGGGGCCAUAUCCAUGCUAAAGUGGUCACCUACUGGAGAUUACUUAUUUUCUGCAAAAUUUGAUGGAACAUUUUACCUAUGGGAGACAAACACGUGGACCUCUGAACCUUGGUCAGCAACUAGUGGUUUUGUCACGGGGGCAACAUGGGAUCCUGAUGGGCAUAUGAUACUGAUUGCAUUCCAUAAGUCUCCAACGUUGGCUUCUGUUCACUUUGCAUCAAAGCCUCCAUCUCUGGAUGCGCUCUUGUUGCCAGUUGAAUUACCAGAAUUGUCAUCCCUGCCUGGCAGUCAGGGGAUUGAGAAGGUAGCGUGGAAUGCUUCUGGUGAACGACUGGCAGUAUCAUUUAAAGGUGGGGAUGACAUAUACAAGGGUCUGAUUGCCAUUUAUGAUGCCAGAAGAACACCGGUGGUUUCUGCCUCACUAGUUGGCUUUAUCAGAGGGCCUGGUGAUAAUCCUAAGCCACUGACAUUUUCAUUUCAUGAUAAAUUCAAGCAGGGACCUUUGCUUUCUGUGUGUUGGAGCAGUGGAUUUUGCUGUACCUACCCGCUUCUGUUUCGUUCUCAUGCUCUUCCUUAAGUAAGGAGGUUUUUCUGAUAGCAAGAAUCUCAGUAUGGGCAGCGCAUAAUAUGAGGUAAGCAUUGUAGCUGGCGAAGCCGCCCUUGAGUUUUCGAUUCUGGAGAACUUGUUGCACGGCGCUUCUCCCCUUUCCUGGCGCCCUUGGGCUCUCUUCUUUAAGCUCGGAGUCUUUGGCCAUUGAUCCAAACAAAUUAUUAUGCAGGAUGCCGCAAAAAGUUGAAGCAAAGCUAGCCGUGGAAAUGUUCAUUAAACCGAAGGGCAGUUUUGAUCUGUUUAUCUGUGCCUUCUGAAAUGAUAGAACACCUGGAGAGUGUAGUGAUCCUCAUCUCUUUGCGAAUGGGGCUAUUCUCAGCCAUUUAUCUUUGGUUUCUAUGCGUGUCAGAAAGAAAAACGGUGUAGAGGGAAAAUAAUUUUAUGAAUGGACCAAGAGAAUACCAAUUUUGUCCUUUACUA